AUGGUGUCUUCUGUAAACCCUCCUAUUGCAGCUCCAAGUUUUAUUUCUAUUCCACGGCCUCAAGCGGGACUUCCUUCUACAUCUCUAUCCACAUCUCUGCAAGCAAGAGUUCCAAGUUCUGUUUCUGGAAGUGUUCCAAAUUUCGCUCCCCUAAAACCACCAAUGAUGACGGCUCAAAGCCCUGGCGAUUUCACUUUUCAGCCUCAUCGACCACAGAAUCCAUCCUUCCAAACAGUUCCCCAGCCAAGCAGUCACUUUUCAGCACAUAACGCUUCUCUUGCCAGACCAAUGUUGCCAUCUCCAACACCUCAAGCACCGUCUUUCCAGUUUCCUCAGCCGGGCAGUCAGGUGUUAUCGAGACCACAACUCGGUGACCACAUGGGUCAGCAUCCAUCAGCUCAUAUGUCUGCUGCUCCCUAUGCCAGAAAUUCAACUGCCAUCUCAGUUCCUCCUAGACUCGCAACAUUUCUAGAAUCCAGUACCGUUCUACCUCGGACGCCACACCCACCAAUGAGACCGAGUAACUUCAAUCCACCUCACCAGAUGCCCAAUUUGCCAGGUCCUCUGCCUCCAAGGCCAGGAAAUUAUAUUCAAAUUCAGCAAAACUAUCCUGCUCACGCAACUCGACCUGAGAUCCCACGUGCUCCAAAUCAACAGUUCAGCAACCACCUUGCAUUUUCCUCUGGCAAGUCGGCGUCUGGUCCUGGAGGAGGGCAACAACUGUAUGAUCCGUUCUCACCCACUUCCGCGAAUCAACAGCAGGGAGGUAAUCCAGGGAAGAUGUGA